GACUGCUAAGGCGGUUAUGAAUCGAGUUCCUGUUAGGAGGACAUUGCGGGAAUUUUAGAGUGGCCGUGGUGGGAUUUUUGGAGUUAUAGACGAAGGACACAUUUGACUUAUAACUACACACCUAAAGUUCUCCCUACUGUCUAGAUGCCACCUAAAGGCAAGGGAAGGGCUCCAGCCAAGAGGAAACUGGCAGCAGAGUUUCCUGUUGGAGAAGUGCUGACUGACUCCGCAAAGAAACGCUGGAAAAUAGGGCCACCCAUUGGGAAAGGGGGCUUUGGUUUGUUAUACUUGGCAAAUGAAGAUUCCUCUGAAGCAGUAGGAACCAAUGCUCCAUAUGUCAUCAAAGUGGAGCCAAGUGACAAUGGUCCUCUCUUCUCUGAGCUGAAGUUUUAUAUGCGGGCUGCCAAACCAAAUUUAAUUCAGAGUUGGGUAAAGUCCCAUAAGUUGAGGUACUUGGGAGUGCCAAAUUACUGGGGGUCAGGACUCCAUGAGAAAGCAGGAAACAGGUAUCGGUUCAUGGUCAUGGACCGGUUUGGAACAGAUCUGCAGAAGAUGUUUGAACAGGGUGGCAGGAAAUUUCCCCGGAAACUUGUUCUGCAGCUCGGCCUGAGGCUUAUUGAUAUUCUGGAGUACAUCCACGAACAUGAGUAUGUGCAUGCUGACAUCAAAGCCUCUAACCUCCUCUUAUCCUACAAGAACCCUAAUCAGGUUUAUUUAGUAGAUUAUGGACUGGCCUAUAGGUACUCACCGGAAGGUGUACUGAAGGAAUAUAAGGAAGACCCAAGGAAAUGUCACGACGGCACCAUCGAGUUCACCAGUAUUGAUGCUCACAACGGAGUGUCUCCAUCCAGAAGGGCAGACCUGGAGAUCCUGGGCUACUGCAUGAUCCAGUGGCUCUGUGGGCGUCUUCCAUGGGAGGACAAGCUCCAGGACCCCGUCUAUGUCAAAGACUAUAAGUUCAAAAGCAGAAACAACAUCUCAGAAUUCAUUUCAAAGUGUUUCUCGUCAGAAAAUAAACCAGAGGAAAUGGUGAAGUUCAUGGAGGCAGUGAAGUCAUUAGGCUACCAGGACAAGCCGGCCUAUCAGAAGCUACGCAGCAUCCUGGAGGCGGGGCUCAAGUCUAUAGGCGCCACUGAUGAUGACAAGCUGGACUUCUCCGUUUCAGUCAAUGGUGCUGGCCCAUCUUCCACUAAGAAGGCUACUAAAAGGAAGAUCGUGGAGGUCUGGGGCGUAUCCGAUGAAACGGACAUCAUUCCUGAAAAAAUAAGACCAUCCCCCGAGAGGAAAGUGGCAGAGGCAGUCUACAAGAAGGCUCCUGUUAAGAAGGCUCCUGUUAAGAAGGCUCCUGUUAAGAAGGUUCCUGUUAAGAAGUCUCCUGUUAAGAAGUCUCCUGUUAAGAAGUCUCCUGUUAAGAAGUCUCGUGUUAAGAAGUCUCCACUUAAGAAGUCUCCACUUAAGAAGUCUCCUGCUAACAAGGAUCAAGUGGAAAUAGGGACUCAGACCACUCCAGGUUUGGAGGUAAGGAGUAGGGCUAGAGGCAGGCCAAAGAAGAACGCCUGAAAAAUGACUCUGCCUGCUCCCAACCCACUUUCUCUUGUUUGUUUUUAGUCAGUUCUUUUGGUUUGUUCCUUUUUUUUUUAUUUGUAUCUUUUUAUACUUAACACAGCUUGCGUUUGUUCUUAGCGGUAGCCUUUCCAUAAAAUAAUAAAUAACUCAGAAGAUCUUCAGAAUCGCAAGUUCUUUUCUCUCCCAUAGCAGCCGAAUAUGAGCACGGAAGGAAAGCCAGUGGGGAUUGCUUUGCACCAGUGUGGAGUCUUUUCACUGCUUCCCCUCGCCAUACUCUUCUCUUGUUUUGCAUGAAAGCAGUCAUGAGCUCCCAUUUCCUCUUCUCUGGGAGAAGCGGGCUGGGCUUUGAUGCCUACACUGAAGCAGGCAGACAUGUUGCAGGUGCCACUGAGCCACACAUCAGGUCUGUGGCUUGUGUUGUAGCUCUUUUGCUAUUUGAUCAAAAGCGCCCAAAGAAGCGUUUGGGUCUAUCACGCUUCACCCAGAAUUCUCCUCCGUCGAAAUAUCUGCUUAAGCAAUUCAGUCAUUAAAACUCAAAAUAAAUGGCUGCGAUACUUGCCACAAAUAGAAACUUUACAGUUUUCAUACUGUGAUCUUAUCCUGUUCCAAGAUCAAUAAAUAGUGAAGAAAACUCUGAAUAAGUAUCAUUUUCCGUUUCCGUAUUAGAGCAGUUAGACCCAAAUUAGCCAAGAUUGGUGAUCUGAAUUUGAAUCGUCAGACUCCAGUUCAUCUGUGUGUUUGACACGGCGUUGAACCAGGCUGAGAAUCGGUGCCAAAUUCCUCAAUGUUUCCAAAUUCGUCCAGUGGAAAAGUAAUUAAAACUGAUGUGCAGAACCUAAAUUAACAAACAUAAUUUGUGAAAAUAUUACUUACAAAUUAGAGCAGUUUGUCAAUCUUUCUCAUGUAAAUUUGAUUUGUGUGGGUGUGUUCACGGUCAAGGCAAAUAAUGUGCAUAAAUCACGGGACUAGUGGACUAUGGCCAGAAAUCUUUUCUUUUUGUAAAACAUGGAUUUAUAUUUCAGGAUUAUGACGUGAAGGAUUGUUCACAAAGGAUUCAAAUGUUUAUCGGUGCGUGUGUUCCUCUCGAAGUUGUACACCGACACCUGAUGUGUGUUUUAAAAUAAAAAUACUUUAAAUAUA